AUGGAUUACGCUGAGGAAAAGCAACAGGAGAUUGAAAUUUUGCAGUCCAUAUACCCCGAUGAAUUUAAAUUCAUCAACGGGGCGGCGGACCACUUCAAGAUCAAGUUGGUUUUGGAGACGGAGUCGGAAAAUAGACACAGCUUGCUCUUGACGGUAAAAUACCCAGAAACGUACCCGGAUGUGGAGCCAGUGUUGGAGGUGAGCCUUCCCGAAGCGGAUGACGAAGACUACGAGUACGAGGAGGAAUCUGAGGAAGAGGUCUCUUCCGACGACGAUAUGGAUGAAACAAAGCAUGUCAUUAUUGCCGAAACUAUAUUCUUUGACGAUGCCGAUUUGGUGUUUCUCAACGACAAGUUGAUCGAAGAAGCCUCUUAUAACGUGGGGAUGCCUGCUGUGUUUGCGUUGACCUCCACCUUGAAAGAUGAGGCUGAGCGGUUAUUCCAGGAAAAGUUGGACGCCGCGAACCAGCGCUACGACGAUGAGCUCAUGGAGCGUGAGCGCGAGGAGCAGAAAAAGUUCCUCGGGACCAAGGUCACCGUCGAGUCCUUUAACACGUGGAAAGCCAAGUUCAACGCGGAGAUGAAAUUGGAGGAGGUCGAGCAGCAGCGCCUCCAGGCGUUGCACAAGGGUAGAAUGACUGGGAAGGAGAUCUUUGAGAGAGGCUUGGGCGGUGACGAAGAU